AUGGCGGCGACGGCGACGAAGGAGACCAUAGAGCCAUCAGAGGCGAUGAAGGUGAUGACAGCAAACGCAGAGAUAACACUCGUUAUGCAUGCCCCUUCCACAAACGCAAUCCCCUCGAGUACGGACAGCCUCAAUGGAAGCGCUGUGCGCACCCUGGGUGGGACAGCGUUCACCGGGUCAACCACCGCUCCGGAUGGCAUCAAUAACACCCAGCUUAGCCUCCUCCUCUCGCGCAAGGAGAUCAGAAAUAAGACAGAGGAGGGAAAGUGGGCCUAUAUGUACAAGAUUGUGUUCCCAGAAGAUGGUGUCACUCCUAAGCCGUACCAGUACUCGCUCGAUAAAGCGAGAAAAGUCGACGAGUUCGAUCGUGUAGACGAGUACCGUCGCCAUCUAGUCCGUGAACUCCCCUCGUUCAUCAAGGAAUCUUUGCCAGUCAUGUUGAACACAGAGCCCUCAGCCGAGCUUAGUAGUCAAAUUGCAUAA